CGCACGCUGGGCUUUACUUCCGGCCCGCCGCCGCGCGCACCGCACGACAGCUUGGGCGCGAGAGCGAGAGCAGCCCGGCGCGGCCCGCGCAGCACCUCCGCGACGAGACCGGCAGCGCGCGGCGCGCCCGGCGCCGUCACGUGACGGUCUCGAGACGGAGGCGUGAAAGUUGUUGCUGUGCCACGGGGUGACUGCGCCCAGGGUGACGGGCUCGUGACGGAGUGACACCCCCGCGGCGUCCUUGCCGUGUGACGAGGUGACUGCACCCCGUAGUGCCGCCGCCAGUCCGGGCAGGUGAUUGACACACCGCGGAAGUGACGACAGGCAGGGGACGCUGUCAGUGCCGGGACGAGUGACUGCGUGGAGAGUGACUGUAGCGACAGUGCGGAGUGACGGGAGUGACGGAGCAGUGUGAUCGAGACCUCGGGGGAUGCUCGGCGGUGGACCGGGGCCGAUAGGGAUACCCGCAGCGCGCGCGUGACGAUGUCUCGCCGGAAACAAGCCAAACCCAGGGCGCUGAAGAGUGACGAGUCGGAGGAGGGCGAGGCCGUGUGUGAGGCGGUCGUGGGGGAGGCCCCGGCGGGCGAGGCGCAGGGCGAGGCCAUGCAGGCCAUGUCGGCGCCGCUGCCGCCCGUGCAGCUGGCCCGGGCCGCGCCGCUGCCGCUGGGCCCGCUCACCAUCUCCGAGGACGUGGACAGCGUCGAGGGCCUGAAGCGCGCGCUGCUCAACCGCUGCGGCCUGCAGCAGCUGUCGGGCUUUGCCGACGCUCUCUUCGGCAAGCGGAGCCCCAUCGACGAUGUCCCGCUGCCGCAGCCCAUGCCGCUGGAGGGCGGGGGCGGCCCGGACGGCCCGGAGGCGGCCCCGGGGGCGGAGGAGGCCGGCAAGAGGGCCGCCGAGCCCGGCGAGGCGGCGGACAGCCGCGGGGGCGGCGCGCCCCUCGUGAGCAGGUCCGCCCCCACGCCCACGCCCUCGCCCGCGCACGCGCCGUACCCCGGCCACCUGGACGACAACAGCCUCGAGUCUGAUGCCCUGGGCACGGACCCCGGCUCGUCGUGGCGCUCCGAGACCCCCGAGGACGCCACGUCGCCGUCACCGAGCAGCUGCGCGACGCCCAACUCGGCCACCGACGUGGCCGACUCGGAGCUCGCCUUCACCGUGGGGGUCACGGAGGGCACGCCGUACGCCUGCUCCUUCUGCGACAAGGCCUUCCCCCGGCUGUCCUACCUCAAGAAGCAUGAGCAGACGCACAGCGACCAGAUGCCGUUCCGCUGCGAGUUCUGCAGUCGGCUGUUCAAGCACAAGCGCAGCCGCGACCGCCACAUCAAGCUGCACACGGGCGACAAGAAGUACCGCUGCACCCAAUGUGAGGCAGCCUUCAGCCGAAGUAUUAAGAAUGCAGUUCAUUCUGUGAUGAAGUAUGAGUAUAUUUGUAAAGUGACAAAUGAUAAACAUGCAAAAUAUCAUUGA